AUGCCCCUGCGAAGCAGUCGGGUGGUGGCGGCGCUGGUGGCGGCGCUGGCGGCGUCUACGUGCGCGUCGCUGGUGCAGCUGGCCCCGGCCGUAGUGGGCCGGUGGCAGGCGCGGAGGACGCAGUGGGCGCGCGCCGCCGCGGUCACCCGCCUGCCGCUCGAGGUGCUACCCAGGCACUACGCCCUCACCGUUGCGCCCUACUUCCAGCCCGAGGGCGGCUUCCAGAAGAACCAGUUCCAGGGACACGUCGCCAUCGACGCCAUCGUGAAUGACGCUGUCGGGAACCUGACGAAUACGAUCACCCUCCACGCGGCCAGCAACCUCGACUUCGAUAAGGACACUGUGAACGUCGUCCAGUACCAGCAAGAUCCUACGAGGGACACCUACGUCGCCGUGACGUCAGUGGAUCGCGACAAUGCGACGGAGACGGCGACCGUCCGGCUGGUGGCGGAGGUGAGCGGCGAGGUUCGCAUCGAGAUCUGGUACACGGGCCAGCUGGCCGAGGACAUGGACGGCUUCUACGUCAGCACGUACGAGGCGGCAGGAGAGACGAGGUAUCUGGCUGCGACGCAGUUCGAAGCGACCAGCGCGCGCAAAGCCUUCCCGUGCUUCGACGAGCCGGCGCUCAAGGCCACAUUCAGUAUGGUCAUUUACCCUCCUCACAACUACAGUGCGCUCUUCAACAUGGACCCCAUUCCGGCUCCUACAACAACAACAACAACAACAACCACGACGACGCCGACGCCGCAAACGACUGCGGAUAAUUCGCCUCCACUGCGCAGCUGGCCUGCACCAAGGUCACCUGCGGCAGCAGCUGCGGUAGCGAACCGGACGCCGGUGUACUUUGGGACGACGAAUCCGAUGUCGACGUACCUGGUGGCGUUCGUAGUGUACCACGAGGAGACGUUCGGCGCGCUGGAGAGGAAAGCCACCGAGACCGAGGGACCGAUCCGCGUGUGGUCCAGGGCGGAGCUGGGCGCGCAGCGCGGCUUCGCGCUGGACGUGGCCGCCGCCUCGCUGGCCGCGUACGGCCGCCUCUUCCCGGACUACUUCCUGCACAUGAACACCAAGCUGGACCAGGUCGCCAUUCCGGACUUCAGCGCCGGCGCCAUGGAGAACUGGGGGCUCGUCACCUACAGGGAACGCGGGGUGCUGAUCGACGAGGCCGAGAGCACGACCGAGUCCCGGCGCAGCGUCGUCACGACCGUGGCGCACGAGCUGGCGCACCAGUGGUUCGGGGACCUGGUGAGCCCCGACUUCUGGAACGUGGUGUGGCUCAACGAGGGCUUCGCCACCUACUGGGCGUACCACGCCGACCUGGGAAGCAUCAUAGAGGGAUGGCAGCUACGUGACCAGUUCCUGGCUGAAGAGUUUACGGGGGCCCUGGAAUCUGACGCGGCAGCCGACACGCACCCGAUGACCACAGAAGAAAACACCACGGCCCCCUUCGAUGACAUCACUUACAACAAAGGAGGCUCCAUCUUGCGCAUGUUCAGCAAUUGGCUCGGUGAGGACGUGUUCUACGAAAGGCUCAACGAGUAUCUUAUUUCUCACCUCGAGCGUCGGGAGCUGGCGGCGCAGCUUACGGCGUCCCGUUGCAGCAACUACAGCAGCGCGCGGCCGGCGGACCUGUUCGAGGCGCUGGCGCCGGGCGAGCCGCAGCUGCAGGAGCGCAUGGCCUUCUGGACCUCCACCGCCGGCUACCCCGUCAUCAACGUCACCAAGGACGGCAGCCAGGUGCAGCUGAAGCAGGUGCAGCACGACACGGGCGGUGACCUGACUGCCCGUUGUUGGCAGUGGAAGUUCCAGCUGACGCCGUCCGGGGAUGGCGAGGCCGCAGCGCCGUGGCCCAUCUUCAUUACCUUCAACAACGGCUCCCAGCUGGGUAGCGACGACGUCAUGCAGAGCGUGUGGAUGCUCGACGACCAGAUGGACAUCACCGUAGGUCUGUCGGAGGGAGAACUGAUACUCCUCAACUACAAAUGGACCGGUUUCUACCGCGUCAACUACGACAGGAUCGGCUGGCAGGUGGUGCAGGCCCAGCUGGUGUCCGACCACCUGGUGGUUCCCCGGGAGACGCGUGCCCAGCUGUUGAGCGACUCCUUCAACCUGGCGCGGUCCGGCCACCUGGUAUGGGGGCCGCCGCUCGACAUCUCCCUCUACCUGAGCGAGGAGCGGGACUACCUCCCCUGGGCUGUCGCCUUCCGCAACUUGGACUUCCUGGACACAGCCCUCGCACCUUCCGAGUACUACUCCUCCUUCAAGGCGUACAUGCAGGCCCUGCUGGCGCAGCCGUACGCCGCGCUGCGCUUCGAGGUGCUGCCGGACGACGAGCACGCGACGCGCCUGCUGCGGGUCUCGGUGCUGCGACACGCCUGCCGCGUCGGCUACCCGCCGUGCCUGCAGGCUGCCGCCGACCUGGCCGCCGUCGCCUUCCCGGAGGGCGGGCAAAACGACGGCGACGGCGACGGGGCAGCCAGCGUGGAGCCGGACCUGCGCAGCACGGCGUACUGCGUGUGGGCGCAGGACGGGGAGCUGUGGGGCAGGCUGUGGCAGCGCUACCUCGACACCGCGGUGGCCACCGAGAAGGUGGAGCUGCUGAGCGCGCUCGGCUGCUCCCAGGACAACGCCACGCUCUACGCGUAUCUGACGAACGCACUGAAUGCUAGCCUGGUGAGGCCCCAGGACUGGACUACGGUGUACGCCGGCGUCUACUCCACGCCGUUCGGUCUGCAGGUCGCCAUGGACUUCAUCGAGACGCGUGCGGCCGACCUCUCCACACAGUACCUGGGGGCCCUGUCCAGUGUGCCAGAGCUGCAGGCAGUGAACGCCUCCAUCCAGAGUGCCAUCAGCAAGGCGGAGCAGCAGGUGGCAUGGGGUGAGGCCCACGUGCCAGAGGUGGGGGCCUGGCUCGACAGCGCAGUCGCCAGCGGCUCACCGGCAGCCGUCUCCACGACCCUGCACCUCCUGCUGGCUGCCGUCGGGAGCAUCGUGUUAGCUCUGCUCAACUAG